AUGGUCCCCACGCAGGACACGUCGUCCAGGGGACGAAGCCCCGCGCGAGGGAACAACACCGUGGAUGACGACGACUGGUCCGGGUACAGCGAUAGCGAGAGCAUUGCUAGCUUCUCCACUGUGUCGUACGACUUCCCGACAAUGGACAGGCAGGAAUGUGCACCCGGGUUCCGCCUCAAAGAAAAUGAACAGGACAGGCCCGUCUAUGAAGCCUGGAACAUUGAUUACUACCCGGAGGAGCGCGAAGUUGUUGAGAGCGUCAAGGUGCUCGGCGUCAAAGUCGAGAACUACCAGCACAUCGCCAGCAGCACCCAUGUGACGCCGCAACCAUCCACCCAGUCGGAACUGGCCGCCAUGCACCUGCGCGGCCUCGAGGACUUCCGGGCCAAACACAAGCGCUGCUGGGCGACGCGGCCUUUCCGCCGCAAGGGCAAGACGUACGAACAGGAUCUCGAAGAGAGGUGCAGAAGAUUGCCCAGCGAGGUGCAGGACGCCAUCACGCAACUGCUCCUGGACAGAGGUAACGCCUCCUCAACCCGUUACCGGACCCGGACCUGGACCGUCGUCGUGGUGCGCGAGCAGCUGCGUCGUCGGUUUGCUCAGCCCGACUUCACCGAGGUGAAGCAGCACAAGUUCCGGUUUUGGAAGAAGCGCGGCACGGAGGAGCCUCUGCGAUACACCGUGGUCAUCCGAGGAGUCGAGACCAAGGCCUGUGUUGGCGAGGAGUGCAUCAACUCCUUCGCGCCUCGCUCCAAUCCGUGGAUGCAGGCCGACAACGCCGAGAUCCGCCGCAGGUUGCGCGAGGAACGGGACCGGCGGGACUCCCCGGCCGGCAAGAGACGCGUCUUCUCGCCACCGUAUUACCGGACCCGAGACCGCGCACGCUCGCUGUCUCCCCCUGCGUACCGGAGCCGGCGGGGCCGGUAUGCGUCGCCGGCUCCGUCGUCCCUAGACUACCGGUACGAAUCUCCGCCUCCGUACCGCCGCUGCACCCGCAGCGAAUCCCCGCUGCCCAGCCCCUCGCCGAGCGCGCGCAUCCGCGUGAUGCCGCGCUACGACCCGCGUCCCUUCGACGAGGCGCCGUUCCCUCCCACGCCCCCGGAGUCCUACACCCCGCCGCCUCUCGUCUCCGGCUACUACCGACCAUCAGCCACCGCGCCUGCGCCACCUUUCCCGCCAGCACCAGCCCCUUAUUACACCACCGCCACCACCACCAACCCACCAUAUCUCCCCCGCCCCGCCUACGCCCCAAUGCCCCUCCUCCCUCCCCGCCCCCUGCCCGCGCGCGGACCCUUCCCCUCCUACGGCCCCCCGCCGCCCUUCAACCCCUACCACCACCCCAUCCACCCGACGGGCCCUCCCGCUCCCGCCGGCGGGCCGCUCUACCCGCUGCACCACCCCGCCGCCGCCGCGCCCACGCCCGCGCACUGCCCCGCCUGCCGCGCGACCCGGCCCUGCCCGCACUUCUCCGGCGUCCUGCCGCGGAGCAGCAGUGCCAGCAGCAGCGCGGGCAGCAGCAGCGCGGGCAGCAGCAGCAGCCGUGUGGUGCCGCCGCCGGCGCCGAACCCGUUCUCGCCGCUCUCGACGCCCGAGCUGUCGACACUUGGCGGCGGGUCGGUGUCCGGGGCGAGCGUGGCUGCGCCGGGGACGCCCCGCGGGGACGCGGGAGAGGAGGGCGCUGGCGCGGCCAGACGGGUGUCGGUUGUGUCGUUUUGCUGA